AUGAUAUGUGCUCUUUCGGUAUUGGGAGGUCAAAAAAACGUAUCUGGAGGGAAGGCCUAUGACCCCAGCAGUGGCAAGGUGAAGUGCUGUACAGGGACUCUGUACAACCUGCAGGUUCAGGACAGGCUCUCAGAGGAGACCCAUUGCUGCGGGAAUGUCCUGAUGGAGGCCGGCUCCACCCAGACCUGCUGCUCUGCCCCAGGGCUAGACCUGCUCUACCCUACCCAGCCAGGGUUCACCUGCUGUGGGCACUGCUACCACAACACCUCUCUGUGUUCUUGCUGCGCGGGGGUCCUGUACCCAAGGCCUGAACCACACACCAGAUUCAUAUCUGAUCUCAGCGAUCAAUACUCCCCUCCCCAUACCAUCCUCUACAGGUGCUAAAAAUCAUACAUUUAACCAUGCUUUGACUCUAUACAGUGUUUGCUUACAUUUACAUUGUUUACAAACAAUGGCUUGAAAAAUCUUACUUUGUUUUCUGAUGGGGUAGGACAGUUGAACUAAGCUCAUGAGGCAUACAUUGAGGGAAAAAAGUAUUUGAUCCCCUGCUGAUUUUGUACAUUUGCCCACUGACAAAGACAUGAUCAGUCUAUAAUUGUAAUGGUAGGUUUAUUUGAACAGUGAAGAGUGAGAGACAGAAUAACAACAACAAAAUUCCAGAAAAACGCAUGUCAAAAAUGUUAUGAAUUGAUUGGCAUUUUAAUGAGGGAAAUAAGUAUUUGACCCCUCUGCAAAACAUUACUUAGUACUUGGUGUCAAAACCCUUGUUGGCAAUCACAGAGGUCAGACGUUUCUUGUAGUUGGCCACCAGGUUUGCACACAUCUCAGGAGGGAUUUUGUCCCACUCCUCUUUGCAGAUCUUCUCCAAGUCAUUAAGGUUUCGAGGCUGACGUUUGGCAACUCGAACCUUCAGCUCCCUCCACAGAUUUUCUAUGGGAUUAAGGUCUGGAGACUGGCUAGGCCACUCCAGGACCUUAAUGUGCUUCUUCUUGAGCCACUCCUUUGUUGCCUUGGCCGUGUGUUUUGGGUCAUUGUCAUGCUGGAAUACCCAUUCACGACCCAUUUUCAAUGUCCUGGCUGAGGGAAGGAGGUUCUCACCCAAGAUUUGACGGUACAUGGCCCCGUCCCUUUGAUGCGGUGAAGUUGUCCUGUCCCCUUAGCAGAAAAACACCCCCAAAGCAUAAUGUUUCCACCUCCAUGUUUGACGGUGGGGAUGGUGUUCCUGGGGUCAUAGGCAGCAUUCCUCCUCCUCCAAACACGGCGAGUUGAGUUGAUGCCAAAGAGCUCCAUUUUGGUCUCAACUGACCACAACACUUUCACCCAGUUCUCCUCUGAAUCAUUCAGAUGUUCAUUGGCAAACUUCAGACGGCCCUGUAUAUGUGCUUUCUUGAGCAGGGGGACCUUGCGGGCGCUGCAGGAUUUCAGUCCUUCACGGCGUAGUGUGUUACCAAUUGUUUUCUUGGUGACUAUGGUCCCAGCUUCCUUGAGAUCAUUGACAAGAUCCUCCUGUGUAGUUCUGGGCUGAUUCCUCACCGCUCUCAUGAUCAUUGCAACUCCACGAGGUGAGAUCUUGCAUGGAGCCCCAAGCCGAGGGAGAUUGACAGUUCUUUUGUGUUUCUUCCAUUUGCGAAUAAUCGCAACAACUGUUGUCACCUUCUCACCAAGCUGCUUGGCGAUGAUCUUGUAGCCCAUUCCAGCCUUGUGUAGGUCUACAAUCUUGUCCCUGACAUCCUUGGAGAGCUCUUUGGUCUUGGCCAUGGUGGAGAGUUUGGAAUCUGAUUGAUUGAUUGCUUCUGUGGACAUGUGUCUUUUAUACAGGUAACAAACUGAGAUUAGGAGCACUCCCUUUAAGAGUGUGCUCCUAAUCUCAGCUCGUUACCUGUAUAAAAGACACCUGGGAGCCAGAAAUCUUUCUGAUUGAGAGGGGGUCAAAUACUUAUUUCCCUCAUUAAAAUGCAAAUCAAUUUAUAAAAUUUUUGACAUGCGUUUUUCUGGAUUUUUUUUUCUUCUCACUGUUCAAAUAAACCUACCAUUAAAAUUAUAGACUGAUCAUUUCUUUGUCAGUGGGCAAACGUACAAAAUCAGCAGGGGAUCAAAUACUUUUUUCCCUCACUGUACGUUAAAUUCUUCAAGAAUCAAUUGGUACAUAAUUAAUUUUAAAAGUCAAAACAUUGAUGUACAUAUCACAGAUUACACCUUUAAACUAUCAGUAGAUUUUAGUUUCUUUAAAAAAAAUAACCAUGUUUAUGGUCUCUCAUGAGUGGCUUGCGAAAGUUUUCACCCCCCUUGUCAUUUUUCCUAUUUUGUUGCCUUACAACCUGGAAUUAAAAUUGAUUUUUGGGGGGUUUUUCAUCAUUUGAUUUACACAACAUGCCUACCACUUUGAAUAUGCUAUUUUUUUUAAAUUGUGAAACAAACAAGAAAUAAGAGAAAAAAACAGAAAACUUUAGCGUGCAUAACUAUCCCCCCCCCUCCCCAAAGUCAAUACUUUGUAGAGCCACCUUUUGCAGCAAUUACAGCUGCAAGUCUCUUGGGGUAUGUCUCUAUAAGCAUGGCACAUCUAGCCACAGGGAUUUUUGCCCAUUCUUCAAGUUGGAUGGGUUCCGCUGGUGUACAGCAAUCUUUAAGUCAUACCACAGAUUCUCAAUUGGAUUGAGGUCUGGGCUUUGACUAGGCCAUUCCAAGACAUUUAAAUGUUUCCCCUUAAACCACUCAAGUGUUGCUUUAGCAGUAUGCUUAGGGUCAUUGUCCUGCUGGAAGGUGAACAUCCGUCCCAGUCUCAAAUCUCUGGAAAACUGAAACAGGUUUCCCUCUAGAAUUCCCCUGUAUUUUACGCCAUCCAUCAUUCCUUCAAUUCUGACCAGUUUCCCAGUCCCUGACGAUGAAAAACAUCCCCACAGCAUGAUGCUGCCACCACCAUGCUUCACUGUGGGGAUGGUGUUAUCGGGGUGAUGAGAGGUGUUGGGAUUGCGCCAGACAUAGGGGUUUUCUUGAUGGCCAAAAAGCUCAAUUUUAGACUCAUCAGCCCAGAGUACCUUUUUCCAUAUGUUUGGGGAGUCUCCCACAUGCCUUUUGGCGAACACCAAACUUGUUUGCUUCUUUUUUUUUUAAAGCUUUUUUUCUGGCCACUCUUCCGUAAAGCCCAGCUCUGUGGAGUGUACGGCUUAAAGUGGUCCUAUGGACAGAAAGUCCAAUCUCCGCUGUGGAGCUCUGCAGCUCCUUCAGGGUUAUCUUUGGUCUCUUUGUUGCCUCUCUGAUUAAUGCCCUCCUUGCCUGGUCCGUGAGUUUUGGUGGGCGGCCCGCUCUUGGCAGAUUUGUUGAUGUGCCAUAUUCUUUCAAUUUUUAAAUAAUGGAUUUAAAUGGUGCUCCGUGGGAUGUUCAAAGUUUCGGAUAUUUUUUUAUAACCCAACCCUGAGCUGUACUUCUCCACAACUUUGUCCCUGACCUGUUUGGAGAGCUCCUUGGUCUUCAUGGUGCCGCUUGCUUGGUGGUGCCCCUUGCUUAGUGGUGUUGCAGACUCUGGGGCCUUUCAGAACAGGUGUAUAUAUACUGAGAUCAUGUGACAGAUCAUGUGACACUUAGCUUGCACACAUGUGGACUUUAUUUAACUAAUUAUGUGACUUCUGAAGGUCAUUGGUUGCACCAGAUCUUAUUUAGGGGCUUCAUAGCAAAGGGGGUGAAUAGAUAUGCACGCAAGUUAUUUUAUUCAUUUCACUUCACCAAUUUGGACUAUUUUGUGUAUGUCCAUUACAUGAAAUCCAAAUAAAAUUUCAUUUAAAUUACAGGUUGUAAUGCAACAAAAUAGGAAAAACGCCAAGGGGGGUGAAUACUUUUGCAAGGCACUGUACAUACCACAUUAUCUGAUACCUCAUAGCACGGGAAGCAGCGUGGAAAGAUUGAAAGACCAAUAAUAAGCUGAAAAUAAAAGUGGGCUUCUUCUAUAGAAAUAGGUCCUGCCUCUUGCUAAAUAGUAGAAAUGAGAUUAUUCAGUUUACGUUCCUACUGGUCCCUCGACUAUAGCUACAUCAUCUAUAUGAACGCAGCUGCCUCUUCAUUAAAGCCAUUAGAUGCACUGCGCAUUUAUUACGGGUGACAAUUUUAGUACUCAUCACUGCAUUCUCUACCAGAAAGUUGGUUGGCCCUCUUUAAUGUGACAUAGGUUGAUACAUUGCUAUUUUAUCAUUUAGAAAGCCAUUUUACAAAAAGUCCAACUGUACCUAACAUCUUUACGAAACUUUAGACAUACAAGUUACCACACCUGCUCUCAGGGAUGGCUAACUCUGGAAAUUCCUUUGGUCUCUACUGAGUUAGGUAAAUCAGCUUUUAGUUUUCUUGCACCUUAUUUGUGGAACAAUCUUCAAAAUGUUGUGUUUUGGUGCCUCUAAGGCAAUUCAAAAAGCUGAUUUAGGACCUUAUUACUGAUUAAUGCAUUUUCUUUUUAUGCCUGUGUUUUUCUUUCUGCUUGUAUUGAUAUUUUGAUGUGUGUAUUUUCUGUAAUUUCUGUAAUUCAGGGCUCAUCGGUAAAAAUAGAUAUUGGUCUCAGUAUGACUCCCUGAUGAAAUAAAGGUUAAAUAAAAUAAAUAAAUAAAUAAAUAAGGGGAAGCAGAACGUUGUUACAUGCUCACCCACUCCUACAGGAUGCCUCUGAGGUUUGUUCCAGAAAUUAAGCAAUGCAAAAACAUCCCAGGGCACUGGGCCUUUUGGCUUCAUCAAUUAGCAGAGUAAGUUAAGGAAGUAUUGCAAAACACCUGGUAGAAAUGAGAGGUAAUGCUUAUUAUGGAGUUGAUAACCCGUCAGUUGUGACGAACGAGACUGGAUCUGAGGUGUAUAGCGUGCAAGGUUGUGUGUUCAAAUCUCAUCAUGGACAACAUUAGCAUUUGAGGUAAUUAGCAACUACUUACUACUUUUUAGCUACUUUGCAACUACUUAGCAUGUUAGCUAACCCUUCCCCUAACCUCUUUUAGCUAAUCCUUUAACCUAACUCCUAACCUUAAACCUAACCAUAAUCCCUAGCCUAGCUAAUGUUAGCCAGCUAGCUAACGUUAGCGUUUACCACCUAGCCACCUACCUAAUGUUAGCAACAACAAAUUGGAAUUCGUAACAUAUCACAUGUUUUACAUAUUCGUAACAUAUUGUACGUUUAGCAAAUUCCUAACUUAUUGUACGAAUUACAAUGCGUAACAAAAUCUAAUCAAAUUAUAUUUGUCACAUGCGCAGAACACAAAAGGUGUAGACCUUACUGUGAAAUGCUUACUUACAAGCCCUUAACCAACAAUGCAGAGUUUUUUUUUAAAGUAAGAAAAUAUGUGCCAAAAAAACAAACAUUUAAUAAAGUAAACAAAAAAAAAGUUACACAAUAAAAUAACAUUAACGAGGCUAUAUACAGGGGGUACCGGUACCGAGUCAAUGUGCUGGGGUACAGGUUAGUUGAGGUAAUAUGUACAUGUAUGUAGGGUUAAAGUUUCUAUGCAUAGAUAAUAAAUAGCGAGUAGCAGCAGCGUAAAAAAGGGGGUCAAGGCAAAUAGUCCAGGUAGCCAUUUGAUUAACUAUUUAGCAGUCUUAUGGCUUGGGGGUAGAAGCUGUUAUGGAGCCUCUUGGACCUAGACUUGGCGCUCCGGUAGCACUUGCUGUGUGGUAGCAGAGAGAACAGUCUAUGACCUGAUGUGGCUGGAGUCUUUGACCAUUUUUAGGGCCUUCCUCUUACACUGCCUAGUAUAGAGGUCCUGGAUGGCAGGAAGCUUGGCCCCAGUGAUGUACUGGGCCGUACGCACUACCCUCUGUAGCCGAGCAGUUACCAUAAGAAGUGGUGAUGCAACCAGUCAGGAUGCUCUCGAUGGUGUAGAUGUAGAACUUUUUGAGGAUCUGAGGACCCAUGCCAAAUCUUUUCAGUCUCCUGGGGGGGAAUAGGCAUUGUCGUGCCCUCUCUGUCUUGGUGUGUUUGGACCAUGAUAGUUUGUUAGUGAUGUGGACACCAAGGAAAUUGAAGCUCUCGACCCACUCCACCACAGCCCCGUCGAUGUGAAUGGGGGCGUGCUGGACCUCCUUUUCCCGUAGUCCACGAUCAGGUCCUUUGUCUUCCUUUGUCUUGCUCACGUUGAGGUAGAGGUUGUUGUCCACACUGCCAGGUCUCUGACCUCCUCCAUAUAGGCUGUCUCAUCGUUGUCGGUGAUGAGGCCUACCACUGUUGUAUCAUCCGCAAACUUAAUGUUAGUGAUGGGUUUUGAGGGCACUAUGGUGUUAAAAGCUGAGCUGUAGUCAACGAACAGCAUUCUCACGUAGGUGUUCCUUUUGUCUAGUUGGGAAUGGGCAGCGUAGAGUGCAAUAGAGAUUGCGUCAUCUGUGGGUCUGUUGGAGCGGUAUGCGAAUUGUAGUGGGUCUAGGGUUUCUGGGAUGAUGGUGUUGAUGUGAGCCAUGACCAGCCUUUCAACUGUUGGAACAUAUUGUACGAAUUGCAAUUCGUAACAUAUCAUACGAAAUGGAUGAUGGACAUCCACAAAUUAAUACAUACCAUACGAAAUGUAACAUAUCAUAGUAACUGGAGUGUCUCGGAUUUACAUACAGAAUAAUACAAAAUGGUCUAAGACCAGUUUGCUGAACAAGCUUUGUAGCCAUGAGCCAUGCUUUUCCUCAGAGUACACCUUCACAUAAAGGUAGAAAAGGCUUCAGUGUUUUUGAGCCUUUUAUCUGAAAUCGGUAUGCUUUUUGCAACGCACACUUAAGAGAAGACAGAGAAGGAUUUGUCAACAUAGCAACGGUCAUCAAAAUUGUUCAAAGGUUUAAACAACAAUUAUAAUAAAUGCAACAGUUGGACAAUGAAUUUGUUUAAUCCAUCAGAUAUUGACUGAAUUAUAGCACAUAAAACAUUGUACUGGCAUGGACAAAUAAUGAAUGUUCAGUCAUUUUGGUGGGAAUUAAGUUAUUCCAUUUAUUGUAAAAUGUCACUUUUUGUUCUUAUAAUGCACUCACAUAUACAUUUUCUUGGUAUAUCAGGAUUUUUUUUUUUGCUUAUCAAACACACAGCAUAUAUUGACAGGAUACAGUCUGUAUCUAAGCUACGUGAAAUUACAUCACUGUUUGAUUUAAGAACCUUGCUGAUCCGCUCUCCCACUUGAGAUCAGGAGAUAGCUGACCUUUGCAUAAGGUAAACCAUAGACUGUAAGAAAUACAACUGUUGAACAACUGUUUAAAUCAUGUUGUAAUCCUUUCAGCACAAUCUAAAUAAAGGCUGACUAGUUUACAUGGCUGGGUGGGAGGCCACAGCCAUAAUGGCAUCUGCAUGACAACAGAACUACUGUAUAAUAUAAUAAUAAUAAUAUGCCAUUUAGCAGACGCUUUUAUCCAAAGCAACUUACAGUCAUGCAUGCAUACAUUUUUUUUUUUGUGUAUGGGUGGUCCCAGGGAUCGAACCCACUACCUUGGCGUUACAAGCGCCGUGCUCUACCAGCUGAGCUACAGAGGACCACCUGUAUGAAAGACAAAGGAGAUUUGGUUCAGUUAAAUUCUACAUAAACAACCAGUCAAAGCUGUCCAGUCCAUUCAUGAGGGUAUGCAGUUACAGGGCAAACAAUAGUAUACACUACAAACACGUUAUAGUCUUAUAAUUAUAGUCUUCCUGAAAAUAUGCUGAAAAUAAUUGAAGGGACCGAUGAGACAGUUUCUCAAGGGGGUUUGUUAAAAAAUGCAUCCUUCCCUCCUCUCUUCCGUAAGGUAAUCCCUGGGGGGGAAGGGGGAGUGCUUUUACUUGUCCUGUUACACACAAGUGUGUAAUGGAAAUGUGUUUUUUUGCACAUUCCCAACGCCCCCUGAGACACCCGCAGGCAAUGGGGUCACGGCCAGGGUCGGCUUUGUAUAGCGUCCCUGGAGCAAUUAGGGCUAAGUGACUUGCUCAAGGGCAUAGCAACGUCAUUUGCUUGUUCUUUUCGCCUUAUCAGCUCCGUUAUUCGAGGCCCAAUGGUCUAACCUUGUAGCUUCCUGCCGCUGAUCUGUUGUUGAUUGAAGAAAGCAAUAGGAAAUGCCCCCGGUUAGCGGAUCCACCGCCGGUUGACCCUGGCGCCAAAUAUUGCUCGGAACUGUCGGAAGUGGUCCAAAAAUACUGCAGGAAAACUUCUAGAAUUAUCAAAGACAACGUAAUGGGAACGGAAACAACAUGUGGCAGAAACAAUUUUUAAGGGAGAACUUGGCAAGAAAUUAGAGGAAAGUGAGCAAUAAAAUACAUCUUUCAUAUGUUUCCUUUCAGGCUCUUGUCGUGGGAGAUGGUCCGACUCCUUGGACACCUUCCCAGUUAAUCACACUGUUCUCAAAUGGACCACACAGCCUCUUCCUGUAUGAUGUAAGAAUCUCUGACUUUUAUGUUUGAUGACGAAAUACAAUCACACAACCCUGACAUUCUUUGACCUCUGACUCCAACAACUGCCUCUACACGGCUGAUUGGAAUAGUGUGACCUGACAUAAUAACAGAGAUCAUGUCUGAAAUUUGAUUUCUCUCACAGAUGUAACUCUCUCUCCGUCUCUCUUUCUCUCUUUCCAGUUCCCUCUCGGACAGGUUUUGGGAUGACGGCCCCAUCCACAACAGAGGGCAAAGUCCUCCUGGUAAUCUACGGCCUGCUGGGCUGCUCUGCCACCAUCCUCUUCUUCAACAUCACCAUGUUGGACUUCCUCAUACGAUGGAGCCACCGGAAGAGAACACACAACAUCCGGCUAGGGGGCAACAACAACCAACAUGAGGGUGGAGGAGAGGAAAGAGGGGUGGAGGCCCUCUGUGUAUUCGGUCACUCUCAAACUGCCUCCUCAUGCUCCUGGGGGUAUGCUGUACCUACUCCCUCUUCAAUGCCCUGUCUAUCAUCAUCAAAUGGGCUGAACUGGAUCCUGAGUCAGCUGAUCCAUCUGUGUAGCUGCCUGUGCCACAGCAGACCUCUACGAUGUGUGUCUGGCUGUAGAACUCUCUCCCCGCUCUGACCUUUUUGAACUGCUCCUGUAUCUCUGUGCUGCUGCCUUCACCUCUGGUCUUCUCCCCAUCAUUGGACUACCAUCUGUGGACACCUUCCUUGCUACAACCUCUGAACACCUUUAGUGUUUGUGCAUCACUGCCCAAAGUUGACUUUGUGGAGCCAGAGUGUCUUUACAGUUAUCUUAUGUGUAUAUUAUGUGUUACUAUGUCAUAUGUCCAUUACUACUUAGUUACAAACUAUUUAUAGUUGUUGUUGGGUGCAACUAUGUUAGUAUUUCACGUGUAUAUAAUAUGUCCUGUUACAUAGUCAUUUAAUAGCUUUAUGGUCGAGCUAUGAGUACUUUUACUGUUGGGACAAUAGUUACUCUACUUGCCAUUAAAACCUAUAGGCCUAAGAUGGCCACCUGCCGUGAGGUAAUUAGCAUCCAAUAAUGCUGCCACUUCAAGUUCCUAUUGUCAUGUGACCUUUCAUAGAUGGCAGCCCCCAUAGCCUUGUUUAUAUUACCAUGCUAGCUUAAUUAACCGGAAUGCUAACAUUUAUACGAACUUGUUCCUACUAUGUAUGGGGUUUAUACUGUUAUGUUAUAUUAGCUUAUACUGUGUAUUAUGUUAGGUUAUAUGAUUUUCCUACUAGCUAAUUAUUAGCUAUUCGCUUAUCCUUUCCUUACUAGCCUGUAGUAUGUUAGUCUAGCUGCUAAUGUAUGCCUGUAACCGUUAUACCUUAUAGUGUGUACUGUAUUCUCUAUUAGCCUGUUGCUAAUACUUAGCUGCAAUUGUGUUUAGCGUCCCUAGCCAUUGCCUAUUGCCUAUAUAAAGUGCAUUACUCCCAUUGCUGCUAUGCUAUUAGCCUUGCUGCUACUAUUCCUACUGUUGCUUAGCAUAUUAGCGUUAUAUUGUUAUAGCACAUUUAUAGCCAUGUCAUUACACUGCUAAUCCUAUUAGCUAUCAUCGUAGCAUUGUCAUUGCUAUGUUAUCAUGCCAUUACUGUUGCUACAUCGUUAUAGCUAUAUCACUGUGUAAUACAUCUUUCUAUUUGUCUUCUUACAGAAUACCACACACACACACAUCACACUUCACACAUCUAUGACAUUUAUCACUAUCACUCCUAUUCUCCUUUAAUGCUGGUGUGUGUUGCGGCUAGCAAUAAA